CACAUAGUUGCAUCACAGCUCUGCUCACAGACGCUCUUGCAAAUAAGACCAGUACAACAUUUCCACUGUAUAGAAAUAUAAAGAAGCAAAGGUGUGCAAUUUGUAAAUGACAAAAUGUUACAAUUCAGGAGCUUCGAAGCCGAAAAACAUCAAUUACAGGAGCUCAACAACAGACUGGGCCAGUAUCUGUCAAGAACGAAGCAGUUGGAGCAUGAAAAUGCAAUCCUGAUAACUGAAAUAAACAAGAGAAGACAAGAUAAAACGGUGGAAUGGGACAACAAAUGUAUGGCCGAAAUGCGGGACCUGAGGAGAACGGUGGGGCAACUAUCCUUCGAGAAGUCCCGAGCCGAGAUGGAACGAGAGAAGUUAUGGCAAGAGUUUCAGAUGUUACAGUCUAUGUGUGGUGAGGAGCAGGUUGUAUGCAAAGACAUUGAUGGAGAGAUGAAAGGUUGCGAAAAGCAGCUUCAAAAAGCUCAACAGACUAAUGGUGCACUUGAGGAAUGUCUGUUCCAGCUUGAGAACGAGUGCAGAUUUAUUAAGGAUGCGCACAGACAAGAAAUGACCAAGCUUCAGAACCAGGUCCAUUCACGACCUAAUGUUACCAAAAUGUAUCAUGGCCCUCCGGGAGUCUCGAUGGAAGAUAUGCAACAGUACGCCCUCAGCCUGGCCGAUGGAUGGAUGGACACCUUCGAAAUGUAUCGAAGGAAGGUCGAAGAAAUGGAGGACUCGAUCAAAGCCGACCAGAUGAGGCUGCAUGAUCUCCAAAGGGAAAAGAUACAUUAUGCCGCAGAGUUUGACAAAUUACGCAAAGAGGCUGACACGCACGGUCAGAUUCAAAUACACCUGGAGGAACAGCUCAUAGACAUGCAGGAGAACUUCCAUGGGGACAUCACCAAGUAUCAGGUGAUUAUUGAUGAAUUGGAGAGGGAGCGGGAAAUGUUGGCCAACGCCAUGGCAGAAAAGGUCAGAGACCACCAGGAGCUCCUGCAGGUCAAGAUGGAUCUGGGCAUGGAGGUGGCUUACUACAGGGCACUUAUUGAAGGAGAGCAUCAGCAACAUCUGCAGUCAAGAGAAAGAGUCCUAGAUAUUAAGAUGAGGCCUCCACAACACUACAAACCAAGAGUUUCCACCUCAGCCAGACAGGAUGUAAAGAAGCAUCUGGAUGUGAGAUACAUGGAACCAACCUCAAGCUUGAGAAAAUCACCUGUUCCAUCUCAGUAUGGUCGCACCAGUCCUUCCAGGGUCAUACCUAUCUCAGUCACAGGCAGCAGCUACAAUAGGAAUCAGAGUCCUGCAGCCAGAAGGGACAUGGUCUCGUUCACUAAAUCCCAGUCUGCAUCCUCCAGCUCUUCAUCCUCUACUAUUAAACCUGUGGCCAAGAGUACCGACAAGAAGAAUGUAGAUGCUCAGAGAAAAGUUGUGGAGGAGAGGAGUGUGAGAAUCAAAGAGGUGUCACAACACCCAGCUAAGGAUUCUCUCGGCCAUUCUCUCGGCACAGCAAACAAUUCCAGUCCCAUUGCCUCACCCACUGCUGACAUCAAAUCAGUGAGAAUAGUGUCACCACCAAUGAUGAGUCUGAGCAGAAACACGGAGGAGAACAGCAAAAAGAAAGUAGAGAGGCAAGUUGAAAGAGAGGUGAGAGGAGAUGUAUUUCAUCUUCAGAAUGUCAAGAUGCAUGCCAAAGACGGCAACGUUGCAGGCAUCACAACAAGUGAUGAGAUGGUCCUAGACUCUGUGUCUAUGGAAGAACUUAUUGAUAAGGUCAUGAAACCUGCUGGUUUUGAUCGAAUGGUCUGCAGCUCAUCUCCAGACUCCAAAAUCACUUACCAUGUGGAGAAAACGGAGCAGGAGGACGGGUCAACAAAGACACAGAUUAUCCUGGAGUCCAAGGUCCAGGAGGAGCUGGAUAUGUCAGAGGACUCUGCACUGGAACAACUACUCAGCAAGGGAGUGAAACACGUGUCACUGGAGGAUAUCAAGGGCAGUGAAACAGGAAACAUGAUUCAGAACCUGCUCAGCCUUGGGCUGCAUGGAGGAGAGGACAUGGAAAACAAGUCUGUCAAUGUGGAGAUCAUUGAGGAACCAGUGGAGGGUUACAGUGACGAGGAGUACGAGUUUGAGGAGAAGUCCACACCCAAGUUCUCCGAGCCCUCUUCAAUGUUCUUCCAGAUUGAAGAACUAGAGAAUGACCCCCACGGCACCAAAUACCAUGAGAGUGUUGAUGAAGUAAUGAAAACCUCCAUGACAGAUGAAAACUAUGGCAGGAAUUGUGGAUCUGUGAAGGUCCAGGAAGACUCCAGAGAUAGUGAAUCUCCAUACUACAGCCACGACCAAGAGUCUCAAGAAUAUUUUGUCUCUACACCUGAUGCCAAUCUGUCAGAGCCUGAGGAGGGUGGUGGUAUUGCAUCAUAUGGACAUUACGGAGUGGUGGACGACCUUUCAGAUGAAAGGUACUACCAGGAUGGGGGACUCUCAAGGAACAGAAUGUUUGUUGAGGAAAGCGAUAGUUGCAGACCUGCAUCAGACAGCCUGUACAUAAAGGGUGACCACUCCUUGGCGCGAGAGAGUUUCCCUGAGUGCAUUAUUGAAGAGGAGACCAUCCAUGUCUCCCCCACAGUACAGGAGUCGAUGCUUGGAUACCUGAGAGAGGAAACUCUGGACCCCAAAGAGCAGCUGAGGGGAGCCCUAGAGCAGCUCCAAGGAACAGUGUCAGGGAGCCUGAAAGAAGAGUUGGCGCUCUUCACAAGAGACGGCAGUGAUGGUCCUCAGAACAUAUCUGUGGACAUCAAGAAAGUACACCAGUCCUCCGAUAACGGAACCACGACUAUCGUGGCAGAGCUCAAGAGCUCAACAACCCUGGAGGACUCUGGGCUGCUGGAGGAGCAGGGGGAGGAUGUAUCUGAGGAGCAGAUCAUGGCGGCUCUACGCUCCUCCAACUCCGGCCUUGGAGCAGAGGGAGGAUUCACCCUGGUCACAAAUGAGAUGGGCUGGGUGACGAGCAAUAAGGGACAGGGAGGAGAGUCCACGACUGAAGUCACUGAGAAGCACAUCAAGCUGGGGCCAUCAGAGAAGUCCUUUUCCUUCCAGAUGGAUGUGAAUAACAGCCAAGGACAGGAUCCCCCACCAAAGGUCACUCAUGAGAAAAGAGUUGCCACAGUCUAUCUUGAAUCUAAUGAAGAUGAGAUCUGAUUAAAAUUAGAUCAUUUUAUUACAUUACUCCCCAUAUUAAGCCACACACCAGUCAAUCAGUUGCAACGAACAGUGAGGUGACGUCAUUAGUUGCGAUUCAUAAAUUGCGAUGCCUACAAUCAUGGUAAGAAUACAAAUUAUAGCCACUGCCUGUAUAUCAAAAAGUUAAAUAGCGUUGGUUUCCCAUUUUCACACUGCACUCUGCUCCCCUUUGAGAAUGUGUUAUAUUGAUUUCCUGCUAGAUACACUCCUCUAUUUAUUUAUACAGUGAAGCUAAAACAUUAAUGUGGCUCUAUACUCCAACAUUUUGGAUUUGAGAUCAAAUGUUUUAUAUGAGGCGACAGUACAGAAUAUCACUGUUAUUUGAGGGUAUUUUCAUACAUUGUAAGUAAGCAUUUCACUGCAAGGUCUACACCUGUUGUAUUUGGAGCAUGUGACUAGUAACAUUUUAUUUGACAUAACUGUUUUACCAUUUAUAAAUGAAUUGCACUUCAUUUAUCUAGUCCCCCAUUUGAAGGUGUCAUAAGUAAUUGGACAAAUGCACUUAUAGUGUAUUAAAUGAAGUCAAAUGUUUAGUAUUUGGUCCCAUUUUCUCUACAAACUUAUUGGAUGCAUUUACAGUUUGUUUUUCGGAUUAUAUGUUGUGGCCCAAUAGAAAUUGAUGGUAAAUAAUGUUUUGUCACUUUUAUUGUAAAUAAGAAUACAAUAUGUUUCUGAACACUUCUACAUGAAUGUGGAUGCUACCAGGAUGUUGGAUAUUGGAUAAUCAUGAAUGAUGUUUAUGCCUCUAACUUCCUCAUUCUUCAUUAUUGAAGAUGCAUUCAUGAUUAUCCAUAAUCAUGGUAGCAUCCAAAUGAAUGUAGAGGUGUUCAGAAACGUUAUAUAAUUUUUUACCGCAAAAGUGGCUCCAAAAUGACUCAAUACAUUAUGUACCAAUACUUACAAUUAGGCACAACAUAAUCCAAAAUAAGACCAAAACAAACUUCAAAAUGCAUUAAACAAAUUUGUAGUCACAAGCUUGAUGGGACCAAAUACUAAACUUGCCUGAAUUUAAUACACUAUUAAUUACAUUUUCCAAAUACUUAUCACAACUUCAAAUGGGGGGACUAGAUACAUAAAGUGCAUUCAUUUCUAAAUGGUAAAACAAAUAUGUAUGAAAAUACCCACAAAUAAAAGGUGACGUUCUUUACUGUCGCCUCAUAUAAAACAUUUGAUCUCAAAUCCAAAAUGCUGAAGUUUAGAGCCAAAUAAAAAAAAAGUUGCUUCACCAUUCAAAUAAAUAUGUAGGGAGUGUAUAUAUUUGUGUACUAACUUGUACUACACUGCUUAGGCCUCUCUUCUCUUUUGCCUGAGAUACUUUAACCAAAUAUGGAAUGAUUCUAAUAUACAUGUAUAUCCUUCAUUGUUAUGGUUAAGAUUGCAGUCUUAAAACAGGUUCAACAUGUAUGUAGCUAGAAGAGAAAACGUAUAGGUAUUGUUUCCUGUAAUGCCAUGUUAUUUGGAACCACAUUUAAAGCGUGGUGUGUUGCUGAGGGGCUUCUUGUGGUUAAUAAGUGGAAUCAUCCAAUACAGUGCUUAUGAUGGAUAUAUUGGAAUGUGUUUAUGAUAGGGCAUACAAGUAAGUGUAUCAUGUCUUGUCAAAUGAAAUCUACCCUCUAUGAAUGAUUUGAAUUGGAAAUACAGACUUUUUUAAACUGCAAAUUGUCAAAUCAAAUGGGGUGUUAUCGAGUGAUUCUGAUCACCACUUUGCAUGUUUGACAUUACUAAUACGUUUAAAAUAAUUGUCCCUCAAAAUAAUUGUAUAGUUUAUCCUUCCGGUUCCUUCACCAUGAUCUUUUAAUCUGUAAAUGGCUUUAGAUCGGCGAGAAGUAAUCCGGCCAUCUUGAAUUCCAAAGAGAGGUGUUUUUCUCUGCUUGUAGAGGCAGUGGUAGCAAGAGAGACAGAGGCUUUAAACUAGGUGGAAAGAACUUGAGGAAUGAGGAGAGACACAGAGAGCUAGAGAGAAUGAGGAGGUAAGCAGAUGGUUAGUGUCUGAGAUGACACCUGUAUAUCUAAUUUCAGUAAACCACAGUACAUAUGAAUUGCCUCGGCAUGAGCCAUGUUGUGUUGGUGACCAGUGUCAGAAUUCACCUUGGCUCAGAGGUGAGUUAGUGUGUGUACCACCGUGGCUAUUUUAGGACCAGCGCACCAGCUUAGUAGCACUGCCUGUGUGUGUGUGGUGUGUGUCUGCGUGCGUGUGGAAAAACGAAAGCACCUCCAAUAUGACUUCACCCCACAACCCCGGUCUUCUUCCUCAAUAAGCUGCUUUAGAGUUCUUCUCUGCAACAGUGCAGAAACACCGAACUCAGAAAUUUUACAUUAUGCUUACUUGACACGGUCUUGUUAUAACAGAACAUAAAGAGUGUGGAAAUACAAUAUAAUACAAUAUAGUACAAUAUAAUUGCUUUACAAAUUGUUUUGUGACAAAGCUGAACGCAAAUGACCUAAAGUAGAGCACUUUAGAGUUGAAAGAUGUUAGCUAUAAACAAUGGUUUGUUGUUGUACUUAAGUGCCCAGAUACAUUAGAAAAAAGGUUUUGCCUUAAGUCCUUAAACAUCUCUUUAGUGUGUGAAUAUAGCGUGAAAGACUUUUAUAAAACACCCCGUUUGGCCAAAACACUUACAUACUGUAGGUUAAUUUUGUGUUUAAGAACAUUAUCAAAAAGGCAGUCCUUUUUGAUACGCAACAUUGUAGGUGAAAUUAAAUCUCCAAACUACCCAAUGUGCAGUACACAUUGCAGUGCAAAAGAGCGUUUCAUGCCUCAAUUUUGAAUGUUUAAAAAGGGGAUGUGCUACCCUCAUGAUUCAUUGGCGUUAUUCGCAUAUUGAAAGUAAGUGCAUCAUGCAUUAGCCUACUUUAUUCUUCUUUUAAUAAAGAUGGGUGAAUUUAGUGAGAAUGAGUUUUCAACCAUUGUUUGGACACCUCUUCAUAUUGCAAAAACAAUUAAAUUACUACUUGAGUGUG